AUGUUUGAGAUUGGGAUUUUAUUUGAUUUUAGAGUCAAUGUGGAUUUGGAGGUUUGGAUCUGGCGUCCCAUGGAUCAAAGUCCAAAAGAUCUGAAUAAUUAUUUUGAUGGUGAAAAGACAAUACCAAUUCAUUUUAAUACUCCAACAUCUGGUGUUUCAACAGAUAUUGCUGAUAUACAAAAUUAUAUUCGUGAACAGAAAGCAGAAAAAAAUUUAGAACAAUGUAAAACAUUUGAAAUAUCAUUACCACCAUCAAUUACUGGUAUAACUAGUGAAUCAAAUAAAAUUGAAUUUAAAUCAUUAUUUCAAACUCCAACAUUAAACGAACUUGAAGCUGUAUCAACUAAUCCAGAUGGAUCAUCGUUGAAAUUAAAUGAAGAACAAUUGAAAGCAGUUCGACAAACAGGUAAGAAUAAUUAUUUUGGUGGUGAAAAGACAAUAUCAAUUCAUUUUAAUACUCCAACAUCUGGUGUUUCAACAGAUAUCGCUGAUAUACAAAAUUAUAUUCGUGAAAAAGCAGAAAAAAAAUUAGAACAAUGUAAAACAUUUGAAAUAUCAUUACCACCAUCAAUUACUGGUAUAACUAGUGAAUCGAAUAAAAUUGAAUUUAAAUCAUUAUUUCAAACUCCAACAUUAAACGAACUUGAAACUAUAUCAACUAAUCCAGAUGGAUCAUCAUUGAAAUUAAAUGAAGAACAAUUGAAGGCAGUUCGACAAACAGGAGAAUUUGAAGUAAAUAGUAUUCAUUUUCCUGGUCAACGUCAUCGAUGGAGAUUAAGUAACUUACUUCAGUCGGGCAUACAAUCAGCUAAUGAAGUGCUUUAUGAAGAAUUAUCAGGUGCUCUUUAUAUGGUAAUCAUGUAUGCUCGAGAUCGUAUUAUCUCGAAUUGUUUUAGUUUUAAAGCAACUUUACGAUCAUGGAAACAUGGCGUUGUCAGUUUAAUUGAUGCUCUUAUUGGAUUACCUGUAGUUUAUUCAAAUGGUAUCGAUUCACAAGUAGAAGAUGAACGAAAUAAAUUUUUAUUUAUUGAACUUUCACCACAUGAAAGUGAAAAAGAAAUGCAUGAUGAAUUUUGUGCACAAAUACCAAUUUUAUUAAAAAUGAUGGCAGAAUAUAACAAAUAUAUAUUUCGUGAAAAUCAGAAUAAUUAUUUUGAUGGUGAAAAGACAAUACCAAUUCAUUUUAAUACUCCAACACCUGGUGUUUCAACAGAUAUUGCUGAUAUACAAAAUUAUAUUCGUGAACAGAAAGCAGAAAAAAAUUUAGAACAAUGUAAAACAUUUGAAAUAUCAUUACCACCAUCAAUUACUGGUAUAACUAAUGAAUCAAAUAAAAUUGAAUUUAAAUCAUUAUUUCAAACUCCAACAUUAAACGAACUUGAAGCUGUAUCAACUAAUCCAGAUGGAUCAUCGUUGAAAUUAAAUGAAGAACAAUUGAAAGCAGUUCGACAAACAGGAGAAUUUGAAGUAAAUAGUAUUCAUUUUCCUGGUCAACAUCAUCGAUGGAGAUUAAGUAACUUACUUCAGUCGGGCAUACAACCAGCUAAUGAAGUGCUUUAUAAAGAAUUAUCAUGGGCUCUGUAUAUGUUAAUCAUGUAUGCUCUAGAUCGUAUUGUCUCAAAUUGUUUUAGUUUUAAAGCAGCUUUACGAUCAUGGAAACAUGGCUUUGUCAGUUUAAUUGAUGCUCUUAUUGGAUUACCUGCAGUUUAUUCAAAUGGUAUCGAUUCACAAGUAGAAGAUGAACGAAAUAAAUUUUUACUUAUUGAGCUUUCACCACAUGAAAGUGAAAAGGAAAUGCAUGAUGCAUUUUGUGCACAAAUACCAAUUUUAUUAGAAAUGAUGACAGAAUAUAACAAAUAUACAUUUCGUGAAAAUCAGAAUUGUCCACCUCGAAUGCUGCCAUAUCCUCAUCAUUUUGUAACAUCAAAUAAUAUUGAUAUUGAUCUUCGAUUAUAUAAUAAUGAUCUUCAAACGAAACUAACAUCGAUUAUUAGUACCCUUCUUAGUGGAAAUACACCAAAAAAUUGGUUUAAUACAACAAAACGACGAUUAAUUAAUCAAUAUAAAAAUGAACAAAACGAAUUAGGCUUAUCAAAAGAAGAAGUGGCUAAACGAGUUCAGACGCAAUUAAAUAUUGAAUAUGUUGAACGAGCAUUUGAAACUAUUGAAAAUUCUGAUGAAAUUGAAGAAUUAUCACCUAGUCUUGGACGUUUAUUAGUUUCACAAGCUCGUUCUAUAUUAACAAUGAAGUCAGUUGUUCAAAACUUAAAUGAUGAUUUAGAAAAACAUCUUAAAAUGAUAAGAGAAAAAUUAAUUCGUGAACAUCCAAUAAAAUCCAAAAUUCAUCGUUGGAUUGAAAGCAAAUUAUUUGAAGAAAGACGAAAUUAUAUUCUUCAACAUCAAUGGGAUGCACAUCAAUUAUCAAUCGAUCAAUGUAAAGCAUUAGGAAAUCAACAAGCGGCAUAUUUUAUUCAACGAGAUUUUAUAUUUCGAAAAGAUCAUGAAUUAAUUCUUCGUUGUAAUCUUAAAUCCCCGAUUGAACCUUCGAAAACAAUUGAAUGUAGUCGAUCGAUAUGGUUUCCAAAAAAUUGGGUUAUCGAACGAACAUAUCCACUCCCUACUGAACGUAUUCCAACAUUAUUUGCUAAAUAUACUACAUCUGGAGAAGAAGACAGUCAAAGAAGAUUGAUUGACUCUGAUCCUGAUGCAAAAUAUUAUCUUCAACGAAAAAUAACUUAUUCAACAACAACAAGAUAUCCAUUUUGGAGAUGGAAAUUAUUUGCCCUUCGUACAUAUUGUUGGCUUUCAAAUGCUAUUUAUACAUUUUGUCUUGUUAUUCCAUUUGCUAGUCCAGUUAGUUUUCGAGCUCUAUUUUCUCCAAGGCCAUUUAGACCUGAUUAUAAAUUAAAUCAAGAUGAUUUGAAACUUCAUGAAGAUCCAUCUUCAAAAACAGAAACAUUUAUUUCACGUAUUGUUGCUCUUUGGAAUCAUGUAAGACAUUCAAGACAAAAAAUCGAACAAGCACCUGAUCGAGGAUUUUUGGGAAAGAAUAUGCAAAGAAUAUUCAAUCGAUUUUGGAAUUAUGUAGCAAAAGGUAUUGUUGGUACUGUCGCCAUUUGUGCUAUUUACCCAGUUUCUUGUGUACUUCUUUCAACUGGCUCUUUUAUAUUAGGUGUUUUAUCACCUAUUUGGAUGCCAAUUCUAACAUUAUUAUUUCAUAUACUUCAAAUUCUUAUAUAUGAUGCAAAUUCAGCUGGUGAAUAUGGUCGAAAAGUUUUUUGUCUUAUUAAUAUUUUAAUAACUGAUUUUCUACUCUGUGGUAUUAUCCAACCAAUAUUAGUAUUAAUUGCAUUAAUUGUUAGUCCAAUAACUUCUCUUUUAAUUCUUAUUUAUGCUCUUCUACAUCGUUUUAUUGGUGGAUUGUAUGAUCAAAUAGUAUUUAAAUUGAUUAUUAAACGUUUAGCUCGAAUUCCUGCACAUGAUAGUUUUCUUGCAAGACGUAUUGCUGGUCCAGGUUUAGCAGCACAAUAUUUUUAUCAAGUUUCAUCACCAGAAGUAUUAGCAGCAUUAGAAUCAUUAAUUGAGCAAAAGGAAUUAAAGAUUUAUCGUUCAUAUAUUGAAGAAAUUUUAAUGAAACCAAUUAAUGAAUAUCGACAAUUUUUUAAUGCAGCAUUUGAACCAUUUUCAGCUCAAAUUCAAAUAACAGAUAGUCCAUCAGUGUAUAGUCGAAUGAAUGAUGUUGUUAAUAAACAUAUUCAAAAUUUGAAAACAGCAAUUGACAAACGUAAUGAUUUACUUCAAAUACAUCAUGGUCAUCAGCAUGAUCGUAUUCGAUUGACAGAAGCUGAUUUAACAGCUGUGCUUAUUGAAGGAACACAAUUAGUAGAAAAAUGGUAUCCAAAACAAAUACUUUCUUAUUUAAAUAAAGAUGAAACAGAAAAAUUUUGGAAUGAUUAUGAUCUUGAAGAAAAUGAUUGGUUUGGUUUAGCAAGUAAAUUACUUCAAGAACUGUUUUGUCGAGAUUUCUUAACACCACUUGAACAAACAGAUGUUUGUUAUAGUCUAAAAGUUGAUCAUAUAACUUUAUCAAAAUAUGCACAUAUGAUUCAUUCGGCUAAUUUGCACGAUGAUCUUGAUGCUGUUACAAGUGUUUAUUUACCUGGAACUUCAUAUACAAUUAAUUAUCCAUCAUUUAAUCAAGAUAUUUUCAAUCCGAAUAGAUGUAUUCUUGAUAUAUCAACAGAUUAUUCUGGAAAGCAUCGUGUAAAAGCUUAUGGUCGUGUACAUCGAUUUUUUAAUCAUCAAGGUAAUUAUUUAAAACAUGUUAAAAAUUUAUCAAAAUUUAUUGACUGUACAUCAAUAACAUGUCAUUUUUCUACACCAAUACAAUUACCUGAUGUAAUCUAUGUUAAUGUUAUUAUAUUUAAUCGUGAUAAUAAUAAUUCAAUAACAACAACAUCAAAUAAAAAUAUAUCUCUUCAAGAUAUUCUUCAACUUAUUGCAUAUAAUAAAAAAUUUCAUGAUGAACCUAUGUUACCAAUAAAUUCAUCAAGAAUUUCAUCUCCUACUACAAUGAAUAAUAUGACACAUAAGGAUUUAGUAUGA